AAAUAAUAAAAUAAAAGAAGAAUAAAGUUAAGACGAUUCACACUGCCUGCAACUGUAGUGCGUUCGUAGCUCUGCUUCUCUGCUUCUUCGCGAGAGGGAGAAGAUGUUGAAGUUCCUAUCAAAGGUACGGAUCGAGUUCAAUGCGCUGGACCCACGUCUAGCAUCGUGCAUGGAGUUCUUAGCCCAAUGCAACGCUCGCAAAGCUAAAGAAUCGAACCCGGCAUGUCAAGUCCAGGUCAAGCGGCGAACGGACGAUCAGCCGCCUAAGAUCACGGUCACUUUUGUCAAUGGUGUGGAAGAAGUUUUCGAUGCCACAACCACUCCUGCUCAGGCCAUAAGGAACAUGAUCCUAGAUAAGGGUCAGAUGCUUGAAACCGAGCAAAUGUUUCGUGAGGCUGGCGAGAAGUGGCCCGUUAUCAUCCCCGAGGAGGAGCUUCACCAACCGUUUUCUGGUACCAAGCCAAGGAAAGCAGAAGAGAAGAAGCAGUGACGUAUUCUGUGUGAUCUAAGCUUUUGCUUGGAUUCAUUCUAUGAUGGAAUUCUUGCAAGAUUUGUAAACAGUUUUAGACCCACUUGCUGCCUGACUGCAUUUACUAAAUUUCGCAGUCUGGUGUCAAGUCAAAGCAGUUGAAUUCUCUAUUUAUAUGGGUGGCAGAUUUAGGACCCUUUGUUUCAGUGCUUUGAUUGAUCUGUUUCUGGUCAUUAGAGAAAGCUGUUGCUUGCUUGACAAUGUGAAUUUGAACAAAAAUUUACAUGCAUUUUUGCACUUAUAAAUAAACAGUUAGGGAGUUC